GCCGUCCCGCCCCGUCCGCGGCUUUAUCGCGGGGCCGCGGGGGGCUCUGCCCACUCCCCGCUCGGCGGCAGCGCCCGAGCAGCCGCGCCAUGGGCAGCCAGGGCUCCAAGGCGGGGGGCAGCGCCGCCCCCGAGCCGCCCAAGGCCAACGGGCAGGAGAACGGCCACGUGAGGCUCAACGGGGACAUGACACCCAAGGUGGGUGGCGAGGCUGCACCCCUCAACGGGAACGGCUCGGCCGAGCCCCUCCAAGAGGAGAGCAAGGGUGAGCAGGGUGGUGGGGACACCAUCGAGCCCGCUCCCCCCGCCGAGGGCGCGGACGCCAAACCGGAGGGGGCCACGGCUCACAAGGACACCCCCAAGAAGAAGAAGAAGUUCUCGUUCAAGAAAUCCUUCAAGCUGAGCGGGAUCUCGUUUAAGAAGAACAAGAAAGAAGCCGGGGACUCCUCCGGGUCUUCUCCCACCGAGGAGCAAGGCAAAGCGGAGGCCAAGGGAGAGGAGAACCCCGCUGCCGCGGCCGGUGGGACAGAGCCGUCGGCUCCCCCCGAGGAGGAGAUGGCGGAGAAGCCGGGCAGCCCCGCUGCGGAUGGGCAGCAGGGAGCUGAGCCCAAGAGGGAGGAUGCCGAAGCCGGGGGGAGCAAGGAGGAGGAGAAGCAGCAGGCAGGGGAGAGCCAAGGGGAUGCAGCCAAACCCGCCGAGCCCCCCAAACCCGUGGGAGCUGAGCCUCCAACAGCGGCAGCGGAGCAGAAGGAAGACUAGAGCCCACUUGGCAUCGGCUGAACUUAAGACUCUUAUGCCAUCCUCUCCAUCCCGUAACAGCCCGGACUCGCCGCCGUGCCCACACACCUCCCGUCCCACCCAGAACUGACAGCGCUUUCCAAAUCCCACCCCUCCUCAAGCUGUUUCCUCCUCUCCCCUGUCAGAAAGAUGGUUUGGAUCCCACCACCACCACCACCACUUGGAGUAGUUUGACCCGAAUCCAUUCAAACUGUGGAGGAAGACUAUCCUGGACAUAACUGGAAUUUACAGUUGGAGAACCUGGAUCUCCCACCCGUGCCGGGGUCUCCGCUGGCUCCUGACUGUCCCCGCUCCCGGCAGCCAUCGGAGCCCAGCGAGCCAGUGACUGACUCCACGGAUUCCUUUUUCUCAGUUUACAUUCCUGGUUCUGACUUCAGUUAAAGUAUUUUGUGCUUUUUAUAGAAAUGGAUGGUGUAAAGGCUAAUCUGGUUAGUUUUUUAUAAUGUCUUACUAUUGGCUUAAACCCGUAAAGCUUGUAAGUCCGCUGUGUUUAAUUCUGCUUCCGAGGGAUAACUUUUAGGGUGCAGGGUGGAGGGAGGGUGCUGCCAGCUGUAUAAUGUGAAGCAACGUUGUUUCCUCUGUAAAUAAUUUUUUAAUGGCCAAACCACUUGAUUUGCGAUUUUCUAACUUCUAAAAUGAACAGAAGAAGAAAAGACAAAAAAAGCUGUAUGGGCUUUACUGUAACAUUUGAAAGGAAUAAAUGGUGACCCCUUCAUGGGCGAGCU